AUGAUUGAUCGAAAUCAUGGUUUUGUCAACUUUCAGGGUCCCGUAGGUGGUAUAGCUACAAGUGCUGGCGCGCCUGUUACCUACACGGAAGUCAGCAAUACCUUGAAUACUGCGUUGAUUUACAACAACUAUUUCAUGGAUACGAUGAGUCAUAUACAUCGAGAAAGAAUUCCUGAACGCAUCAAUCACGGAGGGGGCACUGGUGCAUUUGGUUAUUUCCAAGUUACACAUGAUAUCUCACAUAUUUGCAAAGCUGACUUUCUUAAUAAAGUGGGUAAAAAGACGCCAGUUGCAGUGAGAUUUUCACCUUCUCUAUCAGAGAAAGGCAGUUCCGAGUUAAAUCGGGAUGCGCGAGGCUUCUCAGUUAAGUUUUAUACUAAAGAGGGUAAUUUCGAUAUAGCUGGAUGUAAUGCUCCCGUAUAUUUUUAUAAAGACCCACUACUGUUUGUUACGUUCAUGCAUGCACAAAAAAGAAAUCCAGCGACGAAUCUAUUUAGUAGGGAUGCAGUAUGGGAUACACUGACACUGUUUCCCGAGUCACUCCACGCUUUUUUAAGAUCAUUUUCUGAUACCGGCAUUCCUGCUAAUUACCGCUAUAUGCCCGGAUUUGGAAUACAUACAUUUCAGGUAGAGAAUAAGACUGGACAUUAUAAUUUUGUCCGAUUUCAUAUCAUACCAUGUGCUGGAAUUAAAAAUUUGAUGACAGAGGAAGCUAGAAAUAUUUCUGCUGAAGAUCCGCAUUAUUUUACAAGGGACUUGUAUCGAGCAAUUGGUACCAGUAAUUUUCCUUGCUGGAGAGUUAGCGUUCAAAUUUUAACGGAAACUGAUGUAAAAAGAGACGGACCUAAAGUAUUCGACGCCACAAGACUCCUUCCUUUAAAAAAGUAUCCCCUACACCAAGUCGGUAGAUUAAUUUUAAAUAGAAAUGCUAAAAAUAAUUUCGCAGAAAUAGAACAGUUAGCUUUCAGUCCAGGUAAUAUAGUCCCCGGUAUACUCGGAUCUCCAGAUAAAUUAUACGAAGCCCGUGUAUUUGCAUAUAGGGACACGCAAAAUUAUCGCUUGGGUAAAAAUUUCAACAGAAUACCUGUUAAUUGUCCAUUCCAAGUGAGAACAUUUACUUACAACAGAGAUGGCAGGCCUCCAGUUGCAGACAACGAGGAAGACAUUCCGAACUACUAUCCCAACUCGUUUCAUGGUCCGGUGCCUUACAUGACUAAGUCUCGUUCUGGCUUAAUCAACAUUGUAGAAGGUAAAGCAGAUAAUUUUGAUCAAACUCGUGAUUUUUAUGUCAAUGAAUUAACACAUGAUGAAAAAUCUCGUGUUAUAGAAAAUAUUGUAUUCUCGUUGCAAGACGUCAGCUUUGCUUCAUUGCAGAAAAAAGCAAUAGAUAUUUUGUCAACUAUUCACCCAGAUUUGGGUGAUCGUGUAGCUCAAAGAUUGAACGUUACGAUGUGUAAUUGA